AUGACUGUCAUCGAAUCAGUUAAAAGUGCCGUUGGCCUUUCGGAGACCUCCGCAACCCGCCAGGAAAUGUCGGAAGCGCGUCUUCCCAUGCAAUACAGAGAUUCAUGUGCACACCUUCUGAUCCCGUUGAACCGAUGCCGGCAAGCAGAGUACUACCUUCCCUGGAAGUGCGAGGAUGAGCGACACUCAUACGAGAAGUGCCAGUACGAAGAGUUUAAGAAGCGUGUGGCCAAGAUGGACGAGCUGCGUGCCGCCAAGGACGGCGCCCGGAGCAACUGA